AAAGUGAAAUAAACAUUGGGAAACGGCGAGAUGCAAAAAGCGACCUAUUGCGACGGCUCGGCAAUUUACAGUGGCUUCCCCUAUCAAAGCACAAAUGGUUUAGGUUAUGAUGCCAAUCAGGAGCAAUAUCUCCAGGCCCUUCAUGUGGAAAGUGAGUACCAUCGACCGGCAUGCUCUCUGCAGUCCCCUGGUGGUUCUGCAGCUCUGCACAAACCCAGUGAAAUUUCAGAGGGCUGCCAACGGAGUAACGGCACACAAGCCCCAGUACCAGAUAUCCCAGGCAACAACCAGCCCCCUACUGCUCCUUCUGGGCCAUCUUCCCCCAGUGCCCUGAACCAAAAUCCGAGCAAUGACACCAUCGCCAAGAACCCAGGAGACGCUUCUCCACCGCCAACCACAAGGAAACAAAUUUUUCCGUGGAUGAAGGAAUCUCGUCAGAACACAAAGCAGAAAUCUUGUAGUACCAUAUCAGUAGAGAGCUGCGCUGGAGACAAGAGUCCCCCCGGUUCUGCCGCCUCCAAGCGCGCUCGUACUGCAUACACUUCUGCUCAACUCGUAGAGCUGGAGAAAGAAUUCCACUUCAAUCGUUACCUCUGCCGCCCGCGACGAGUGGAAAUGGCAAAUCUGCUCAACUUGACGGAAAGGCAGAUUAAAAUAUGGUUCCAGAAUCGCAGGAUGAAGUACAAAAAGGACCAGAAGGGGCUAGGAAUGAUGCCCUCUCCUGGAGCACAGUCUCCUCACAGUCCCGUUGCUCUGUCAUCCGGUGGCGGAGGAGGGGGUGGGAGUGCAUAUUUAAGUUCAAUGCAUUCUCUGGUUAACAGCAUGCCCUACGACUCACCCUCUCCAGCAUCCUAUAACAAACCCCAGCCUAAUGCGUACAGCCUUCCUACGUCAUACCCACCUCCUCUGAAUAACUGCCCGCCUCCUCAGAAGAGGUAUCCAGGGACUGGCACAGCCACGCCGGAAUAUGAUACGCAUCACCUUCAAGGCAACAACAAUUACGGGACACAAGUGCAGGGAAGCCCGGUUUAUGUCAGUGGUGGUGGAGGCUACUCGGAUUCUUUGGUGGGGAUGGGGCCCUCGGUAUUUGGCCUGACACAUCUACCGCAUCCACCUCAAGGCAAUAUAGACUACAACGGCGCUAUCACCAUGGGAAACAGCCAUCAUCAAGGAACGUGCGAACCAAACCCAUGCACAUUCACAGAACUUACACCGCACUAUUCUCAGGAAAGAAUUCAGGAAGCGCCCAAACUGACGCAUCUAUAGUGCCGAUACCAUGUAUUUCUCUCCCAGUCUGCACACAUUUGAGCUCCGUCUGACUGAGUUUUCAGCCACCUACAGCUGCGUAUGUUUGGUUCAUAUAGCCUAGUUUUCCUGACAUAGCCUCAGGUGAAAUUACCUUGUUGUUGGUUUCACUCAAUACAUAAAAUGGAAAUUAAAGUUCCUCAAAGCUCAAAUGUCAUGGCAUCAUGGGAAUAUGUAGGCCUAUUUAAAUUAAGGAAAUCUGAAACAGGGUUUUUUAAAGUGUAUUUUAAAGUCUUCAAAAUUCCCCUCAGUCCAGGAUUUAUUUUCUGUUUUGCAUUUUGCACUUAAGGAAGGAUGCAUAUGAACACGAUUUCUUAUCUAACAGUCUUAUACAGUGUGAGCUCAUGAUUUGUAGGUCUUUCAAAUGUAUUUAUUUGUUUCCAUGGACAGUAGAUUGUGUUAUUUAGCCCAAAUCCUUCAGAUACUGAGUAAAGGGAAACCGGAUCCCGGGAUUCUCCCAGUCAUGUCAGUGCUGAAACAAGUGCUAACAGGCAAGACUGUUUAUCAAAGGUCAAUGUGUUCCAAUAAUAAUCAAUGUAUGCGAAUGUUAAUCAUGUGUUGCUUAGAGUCGAAAGAGACUGCGAUCAGAUACUCAAACUUUUAUUUGCUCUAAUUUUUUUUUUUUUAUGUCAUACAUUCCAUGCUGCUCCACUUCUGAAGAAAUAAAAUACAUUAAUUGA